UUCCGCCCCGGCCUGGUGUCCGCAGAGGCUGAGUUGCCGUCAUGUCGGCUGCGAUUGCGGCUCUGGCCGCUUCCUACGGUUCGGGUUCGGGGUCCGAAUCCGACUCGGACAGUGAAGGCGGUCGAUGUCCGCUGCCAGCCGCCGACUCUCUCAUGCAUUUGACCAAAUCGCCGUCGGCCAAGCCGUCUCUGGCCGUGGCGGUGGACUCGGCUCCGGAGGUGGCAGUGAAGGAAGAUUUGGAGACUGGAGUUCACCUUGACCCUGCUGUGAAAGAAGUUCAGUAUAACCCCACGUAUGAGACCAUGUUUGCUCCUGAGUUUGGACCAGAAAAUCCCUUUAGAACACAGCAAAUGGCUGCCCCUAGAAAUAUGCUUUCUGGAUAUGCUGAACCAGCUCAUAUCAAUGACUUUAUGUUUGAACAGCAGAGAAGAACUUUUGCCACAUAUGGUUAUGCAUUGGACCCUUCAUUAGAUAAUCAUCAAGUGACUACCAAGUAUAUUGGUUCUGUAGAAGAAGCUGAAAAAAAUCAAGGUUUAACUGUGUUUGAAACUGGUCAGAAGAAAACAGAAAAAAGGAAAAAGUUCAAAGAAAACGAUGCAUCUAAUAUUGAUGGUUUCUUGGGACCAUGGGCAAAAUAUGUGGAUGAAAAAGAUGUUGCCAAACCCUCAGAGGAAGAGCAGAAGGAGUUGGAUGAAAUCACAGCAAAGAGGCAGAAAAAAGGCAAGCAGGAGGAUGAGAAACCCGGGGAGGAGAAGACAAUCUUGCACGUUAAGGAAAUGUACGACUAUCAAGGCAGAUCCUAUCUUCACAUACCUCAGGAUGUUGGUGUAAAUCUGCGGUCAAGUGUGCCACCCGAGAAGUGUUAUCUUCCAAAGAAGCAGAUUCAUGUAUGGUCUGGACACACAAAGGGCGUCAGUGCAGUCAGAUUGUUUCCUCUCUCGGGCCAUUUGUUGUUGUCUUGCUCCAUGGACUGUAAAAUUAAGCUGUGGGAGGUUUAUGGAGACCGCCGCUGUCUGCGAACAUUUAUUGGGCACAGUAAGGCUGUGAGGGACAUCUGCUUCAAUACUGCAGGGACACAGUUCCUCAGCGCAGCCUAUGACAGGUAUCUGAAGCUCUGGGACACGGAGACGGGACAGUGUAUAUCAAGAUUUACAAACCGAAAAGUACCCUAUUGUGUCAAAUUCAAUCCUGAUGAGGAUAAGCAAAAUCUCUUUGUGGCUGGGAUGUCUGAUAAAAAGAUUGUGCAAUGGGACAUCCGAAGUGGAGAAAUUGUGCAGGAGUAUGAUCGGCAUUUGGGGGCUGUCAACACCAUUGUUUUCGUUGAUGAAAAUAGGAGAUUUGUUAGUACCUCUGAUGAUAAGAGCCUCCGAGUUUGGGAAUGGGACAUUCCUGUGGAUUUCAAGUAUAUAGCAGAACCCAGUAUGCAUUCAAUGCCUGCAGUGACUUUGUCUCCAAACGGGAAGUGGCUAGCGUGCCAAUCAAUGGACAACCAAAUCUUAAUUUUUGGAGCACAGAACAGAUUUAGAUUAAAUAAGAAAAAAAUUUUUAAGGGCCACAUGGUAGCAGGCUAUGCUUGUCAGGUGGACUUUUCUCCAGAUAUGAGCUAUGUGAUUUCAGGAGAUGGAAAUGGAAAAUUAAACAUUUGGGAUUGGAAGACCACAAAGCUCUAUAGUCGGUUUAAAGCUCAUGAUAAAGUGUGUAUAGGUGCGGUGUGGCAUCCUCAUGAAACAUCUAAGGUCAUAACCUGCGGGUGGGAUGGUUUAAUAAAAUUGUGGGAUUAAGAAAAUCAGCCCUUCAAUUGUCUAGGAUCAUUUUUGAUCCAAUGUUAUAUUUAAAUCCGUUCAUAUUAUUAUAUAUGUUGGAUGACAACCUGAUUUGCAAAUGAUAUCUUUCUUACAUGCCUUAUGGAAUUGAACCAUUACUUGCAAAAACAAAAAAAGAAACUGUAAAUUUGCCUCUUAAAAUUCAUUAACGGCUUUGUUUUGUUUUGCAGUUUUUUUAUACA